CAACGACAACAACACUCCACCGUAGACGACGAGGAAGACGAAUAGACGCAUGCGCACCGUGCUGACCUUCCAUACAACAAGCAUGGCUUCCCGGACAUUAACAAGAGGUUUGUUGGGACUAAGACAAACCGCUGUUGCAAAGCUUGACGGAUGUAGAGGACAUGUAUCUUAUUCCACGGCAGCAUCUUUGCAGUCUCCACCGCCUCAAACGGAGCAAGUCUCCGACCAGCUUGUAAACCUGACCCUUGAGAAGCCAGACUUCUUCAGGGUGUCUGAGCUCUUCUCCGUGAAGGACUUGUUUGACGCCAGAGUGCAUCUCGGCCAUAAGAAAGGAUGCAGACAUAGGCUAAUGGCGCCCUACCUGUACGGCUGCCGUUUGGACCAGGACAUCAUCGACUUGGACCAGACCAUGGAGCAUUUCCAGCUGGCCCUCAACUUCACAGCCCACGUGGCCUUCCGCGGCGGGGUCAUCCUCUUCGUGAGCCGCCGCCGUCAGUUCUCCCACCUGGUGGAGAGCACGGCGAGGGACUGCGGCGAGUACGCCCACACGCGCUACUGGCAGGGCGGUCUCCUCACCAACGCUCACAUACAGUACGGCGCCGGGGUCCGCCUGCCGGACCUGGUUGUCUUCCUCUCCACGCUCAACAACGUCUUCCAGCAGCACGUGGGCAUCGGCGACGCCGCCAAGAUGAACAUUCCCACUGUGGGUGUGGUGGACUCCAACUGCAACCCCAGCCUGCUGACAUACCCCGUUCCCGGGAAUGACGACACACCCGUGGCCAUGGAGCUGUACUGCCGCCUCUUCAAGAUGACCAUCAACAGAGCGAAGGACAAGAGGAGGCAGAUGGAGCUGGUGCACGGCCUAAUGGCGCCAUCGUCACCCAGCCAAUGACCUCAUUUACAUCCUCAAUAAAAGACUCUACACUCGU